AUGUCUAAUAUAUCAACCACUACAUUAGAAGUUUUUCCACCUGAAAUAUUUCUUGAAAUAUUUUCGUAUAUGAAUGGCUAUGAUAAUUAUAAAGCAUUUUAUGGUCUUAAUCAUCGUUUAUCAACAUUAAUAUUAACCUAUGGCAUGAAAUAUAUCGAUAUAAGCGAAACAACAUUCAAUGAAAGUCGAAAGAUGUUUUCAACUAUAAAUUGUUCACAUGUGAAUAGUCUUAUAUUAUCUAAUGAAUAUUAUGAUGAACAGAUAGAUCAAAUUUUAGAUAAUAGUUGUUUUCUAUUGAACAGUAUGGUUUCUUUAAAUACAUUAAUGUUUGAUUCGAUUGGAUUACAUACCAUGCAUACACUAACUCAACAACAUUUUCAGUUAGACAAUCUAAAAACAUUGGUAAUAUCAUUUCGAUCUGAUUUAUGUGUAGAAAAAGCAUCAGAUAUGUGCAGAACUGUUCUUUAUAGUUUUUGUUCUCGUUUUAGAUCAUUAAAAUACUUAUAUUUAUUGGCAUCAAAGGGUAAUGAAAUUAUUUAUCGUAGUGGAAAAGUAUUUCUUAAUGAUUCUCUGUCAUCAACAGAAAUAUCUUCAACUCUGCAACGUUUAUCCAUAUUUAACAUAGAAAUUAAUGAUAUAGAAAACAUACUUUCACGUUUUCCAAAACUUCAGUACUUAUGUGCAAAUAUUAGAUUAAGUGGACGUAUUACUGAUUAUCCUUUAUCAUUAAAUUUAAUUGCUUGUGAUUUAUCAGUAGAUUCAUCUACACUAGAAUUACUUGUUAUCUUAUUGAAACAAUGUCCUAAUUUAAAAAAAUUAAUACUUUAUUUUUCUCCCACAAACUAUGAUGAAUUAGAUAGUUAUAAAUGGGAAGAUUUAAUUGAAAAAUAUUUAUUAAAACUUAAACAAUUCACAUUACAUAUACUCUUAUUUUAUAUGGAAAUGGAUAUCGCUCAAGCUUUAAUUGAAAAUAACUUUUUACAAAAUCAAUUUUGGUUAGAUCGAAAAACAAAAAUUGAAAUCAUUGAUGGUGAAUCAACAGAUAAUGAUAAUACUGGAAGAAAAAUUAUGAUUAAAUUUUCAGCUUAA